CUCCUGCUUCCACAUCCCAAAGUGCUAGGAUUACAGCUGUGAGCCACAUAGCACCUAGCCCAUAGCAGAUGUGGGAUAACAUGUUGAACAUGGCAUGACUUUCUUAGCCAAGCAGCAGAGAUACAGAGAGAGUUCACUGCUCUGUUUCCUGGGGGACAGCCUGACCCCAGACCCUUCACAAACAGUCACUGGAACAAGCAACCCUGCCCGUAAUAAGCAGGUAAAGAAAAAUUAUAAGAGCCAUGUCUGUUAGCAUACCUCACGCCAUAAAACAGGGUCUUUGGGGGAUGUGAUAGGGGCAGCAUCGUGGCGUAAUCAGACAAGGGGGACCACCCCUCCAUCCCCCUUCCUGGAACAUAUGUGCUUGACCGAAGACACAAAACCUGCCUAAUGUGUACCAGAUUCAUCAGAAACUGAUAGUGUGUGCCUCCCAUACUCUGGUGAGAAAUAACAAACCCUUGCUGAUUAGAUUAAAAAUCAAAACAAGAGCUUCCACAUUCCUUCUACUGUUUUCCGACCUCUUAGGUGGCAUCUGUUACAACCACUUCACCCAAAUAUCGUUCCUAGUGAGACAUCUUAGGAGGGUGGCAAUGUUACGUGCUCCAUUUGCCCCCUUCUUUAAUAACCACAAAGCGAUUUGAUGGCAGUAAACAGUUUUUUUAGAAAACCUGCAAAGGACUGGAUUUGAACUUGAAAGACGUCAUGGAAUUCUUUUGGUCAGCAAGAACAACCUCUAAAAGCCUUAAAAUGUUUUUAAAAUGCACAGGCUGCCCAGAGUGUGGUAGUCGGGUGUGGCGUGAAGCCAGUGGGGCUUCCAGUCCAGUGUGUGGAGUUCCUUGUCACCGUAUUCCCACUUGGAUAGCUUUCAGUUCCACCCAGUCCCCAAGGGCCCAGAAAACAUGAUGGUGAUCAGAGCCAGCCUGUGAGCGCAGGAGGUGCUUCCUUUCUCCCCGACCUUUUGCUAGCAGUGCAUUAAUUCCCGUCCUCCGCUGAGUGCUGCACAAGUCACUUCGUGUUGUGGACACGCACCUUCUUGUACCUGUUCCCCUGGAAGAGACCGGCUGUGCUGACAGCGGUUGUACCCAGAGGUCUCUGGGGAUCGCCUGCCUCUCGUCCUUCAUCUUGUUUAGGGUGGGGCAGGAGGGCUCUGGUUUCCUUUCCAGAAUCCCCUCUGCACAGCCAUGGUUUGCCCUCUCUAUCUUUCCUUCUCAUUUCAGAUGUAUUUUCCAGGGUGAUUGCAGUUCCUUGCCCGGCUCUAUGUAGGACUGAUUAAUGGCUGCUACCCAAAGUUCAGCUUGGUAAAACAGGGCUGGUUAAUUAAUAGACAGCUUCCUUAUCUCCCUCAUGUUUUCCCUCUGGUAUUAAACCAGGGGAAGAGGCUUAUGUUUCCUUCAGCUGUCAAUUCCCAGACUUCAAGUCUGGUAGCAAACUGGGUGUUAGGUGCUGGUCUAGGUUUAAGUAGCACCUUUAAGUCAACAGAAAACUGAUCUGAAAGUUGGUUCCUCUGGAUUGAAUAUGUUGGGUUUUCUGACAGUUUCAUUUCUCGGUGGCUGGUUGUUUGCCCUUUUUAAUGAUCCUGUUUGCCUUCAGUGAAAUAUAUUUUGUAAUAUUUCCUUUGCUGUUAACCCAUUUACCUAGGCCAUUUAAAGUUCCUUCACUGGUGUUUUCCCUGUAAGCAAUUGUUGAAGGACUGAGUCACCCGUGAGGUAGCCUGUGGUUGGAUGUGGGCUGAGGUUAUUCAGUGACUAAUUUCCAAGGGGAGGAGAAAUUGACUUAUCACGGGGAGGGUUACUUUUUAUCCAUACCACUGUCAGCUUCUCUCUGAAAACUGGGUAUUACAAAAUGGUCUUUAUUGGUUGUGAACACUCGAGCUGAGAAACAUUUUAGGAUCUCUGUGUCUUUUGUGAUGAUUUUGUCUCUGAAGAGGAAGCUGUCUAAAAUAUUCAAGUGUGGAACCAAGGAUUUAGAUGAAGCCAGCAAACAAAGGAAUCAUGUAAUCAGGACCUGAGCGAAUGUGCUUACUCACGGCGUUAGGUACACAGGUGAUUUCCUUAAGAAAAAAUGCAGAGAGAACUUGUUUAUGCAAGAGGAGAUGGCCCUGGGGCCUCUCGCCCCGGAUCUACUGCUCAUCCACCCCAUGCAAUUCCAAAUUCCCCACCGUCUACUCCGGUGCCCCAUUCCAUGCCCCCCUCCCCAUCCAGAAUUCCUUAUGGGGGCACCCGCUCCAUGGUUGUUCCUGGCAAUGCCACCAUCCCCAGGGACAGAAUCUCCAGCCUGCCAGUCUCCAGACCCAUCUCUCCAAGCCCAAGCGCCAUUUUAGAAAGAAGAGAUGUCAAGCCGGAUGAAGACAUGAGUGGGAAAAACAUUGCAAUGUACAGAAAUGAGGGUUUCUAUGCUGAUCCUUACCUUUAUCACGAGGGACGGAUGAGCAUAGCCUCAUCCCAUGGUGGACACCCACUGGAUGUCCCUGACCACAUCAUUGCAUAUCACCGCACCGCCAUCCGGUCAGCGAGUGCUUAUUGUAACCCUUCAAUGCAAGCAGAAAUGCAUAUGGAACAAUCACUGUACAGACAGAAAUCAAGGAAAUAUCCAGAUAGCCAUUUGCCUACACUGGGCUCCAAAACGCCCCCUGCCUCUCCUCACAGAGUCAGUGACCUGAGGAUGAUAGACAUGCACGCUCACUAUAAUGCCCACGGGCCGCCUCACACCAUGCAGCCAGACCGGGCCUCACCGAGCCGCCAGGCCUUUAAAAAGGAGCCAGGCACCUUGGUGUAUAUAGAAAAGCCACGGAGCACUGCAGGAUUAUCCAGCCUUGUGGACCUUGGCCCUCCUCUAGUGGAGAAGCAAGUUUUUGCUUACAGCACGGCAACGAUACCCAAAGACAGAGAGACCAGAGAGAGGAUGCAAGCCAUGGAGAAACAGAUUGCCAGUUUAACUGGCCUCGUUCAGUCUGCACUUUUUAAAGGGCCUAUUACAAGUUAUAGCAAAGAUGCAUCUAGCGAGAAAAUGAUGAAAACCACAGCCAACAGGAACCACACAGACAGUGCAGGAACUCCCCAUGUGUCUGGUGGGAAGACGCUCAGUGCUCUGGAGUCCACAGUGCCUCCCAGCCAGCCUCCACCUGCAGGCACCUCGGCCAUCCACAUGAGCCUGCUGGAGAUGAGGCGGAGCGUGGCGGAACUCAGGCUCCAGCUCCAGCAGAUGCGGCAGCUCCAGCUGCAGAACCAGGAACUGCUGAGGGCGAUGAUGAAGAAGGCCGAGCUGGAAAUCAGUGGCAAAGUGAUAGAAACAAUGAAGAGACUGGAGGAUCCUGUGCAGCGACAGCGCGUCCUGGUGGAGCAAGAGAGACAAAAAUAUCUUCAUGAGGAAGAGAGGAUCAUCAAGAAGUUGUGCGAGCUGGAAGACUUUGUUGAAGACUUGAAGGACUCCAGGGCAGCCAGCCGAUUGGUUACUCUGAAAGACGUGGAAGACGGGGCUUUCCUCCUGCGUCAAGUGGGAGAGGCUGUAGCUACUCUGAAAGGAGAAUUUCCAACCUUACAAAACAAGAUGCGAGCCAUCCUGCGCAUAGAAGUGGAGGCCGUGCGGUUUCUGAAGGAGGAGCCACACAAGCUGGACAGUCUCCUGAAGCGUGUGCGCAGCAUGACAGACAUCCUGACCCUGCUGCGGAGACAUGUCACUGACGGGCUCCUGAAAGGCACGGACGCAGCCCAAGCCGCACAGUACAUGGCUAUGGAAAAGGCCACGGCCGCAGAAGUCCUGAAGAGCCAGGAGGAGGCAGCCCACACCUCCAGCCAGCCCUUCCACAGCACAGGUGCCCCUGGCGAUGCGAAGUCAGAAGUGGUGCCUUUGUCCGGCAUGACGGUUCACCACGCACAGAGCUCCCCUGUGGCCAUCCAGCCCUCGCAGCACUCCGUGGCCCUGCUGAACCCUGCUCAGAACUUGCCUCAUGUGGCCAGCUCCCCCGCCGUCCCCCAGGAAGUAAGCCCCACCCUGCAGACAUUGCAGGCUCCGCAGUCCCCACAGACACCCAUGAAUGGGUCUGCCAUGCAGAGCUUGUUCAUUGAAGAAAUCCACAGUGUGAGUGCCAAGAACAGGGCAGUGUCUAUCGAGAAAGCAGAAAAGAAAUGGGAGGAAAAAAGGCAAAAUCUGGACCACUAUAACGGGAAAGAGUUUGAGAAGCUCCUAGAAGAAGCUCAAGCCAAUAUCAUGAAGUCAAUACCAAAUCUGGAGAUGCCGCCAGCUGCAGGCCCACUGCCAAGGGGAGAUGCCCCAGUGGACAAGCUGGAACUUUCAGAAGAUUCUCCAAAUUCAGAACAGGACUUGGAAAAGCUGGGGGGAAAGUCGCCCCCUCCUCCUCCCCCACCUCCUCGUCGAAGCUACCUGCCAGGAUCGGGACUCACCACCACGAGGUCAGGCGAUGUGGUCUACACCGGCAGAAAGGAGAACAUCACCGCUAAGGCAAGCAGUGAAGAUGCUGGACCGAGUCCACAGACCAGAGCCACAAAAUGUCCAGCAGAGGAGCCCGCUUCAGCCUGGACCCCAUCCCCACCCCCUGUCACUACCUCCUCCUCAAAGGAUGAGGAGGAAGAAGAAGAAGAAGAAGGAGAAAAAAUAAUGGCAGAACUCCAGGCAUUCCAGAAGUGUUCCUUUAUGGACGUAAAUUCAAACAGUCAUGCCGAGCCAUCCCGGGCUGACAGUCACGUUAAAGACACUAGGUCGGGCGCCACGGUGCCACCCAAGGAGAAGAAGGGCAUUUUUGGCAGUUGGAGAACAAAGCAAUCCAAGAAUUUGGAAUUUUUCCAUGAAGAUGUACGGAAAUCUGAUGUUGAAUAUGAAAAUGGCCCCCAAAUGGAAUUCCGAAAGGUUACCACAGGGGCUCUAAGACCUAGUGACCCUCCUAAGUGGGAAAGAGGAAUGGAGAAUAGUAUUUCUGAUGCAUCAAGAACAUCAGAAUAUAAAACUGAGAUCGUAAUGAAGGAAAAUUCCAUAUCCAAUAUGAGUUUACUCAAAGACAGUAGAAACUAUUCCCAAAAAACUGUGCCUAAGGUCAAUUUCAGCUUCUCCGGCGUUAGUUCAUUAGAAGAUGAAAUAAGCAAAGGGUCUAAAGUCUCAGGCCCCCAAUACUCUAUAGCUGACACCGAGAACCAGAAGCUGAAUUAUGGAAAGACAAAGGAGACGGAAAAGCAACAUACGGAUAAGUGUCACAUUUCCUCUCCUAGUAGAGUCACAGAAUCAAGUGUGCAUGAUUUGAAAACAGAAGAUCAAGAGGUUAUCAUGACAGAUUUUGGCCAAGUUGUUCUAAGACCCAAGGGGGCAAGGCAUGCUAACGUGAACCCUAAUGAAGACGGAGAAUCCAGUCCAAGUUCUCCCACUGAAGAAAAUGCAACCACUGACAACAUUGCCUUCAUGAUUACCAAAACCACUGUCCAGGUUCUUUCCAGUGGGGAGGUGCAUGAUAUUGUUAGCCAAAAGGGAGAAGACAUACAGACGGUUAAUAUCGAUGCCAGAAAAGAGAUGGCCCCCCGACAAGAAGGGACUGACAGUGAGGAGCCAGUUGUGUGCCUGGACAAGAAACCAGUGAUCAUCAUUUUCGACGAGCCCAUGGACAUCCGGUCUGCAUAUAAGAGACUUUCAACUAUCUUUGAGGAGUGUGAUGAGGAAUUAGAGAGAAUGAUGAUGGAAGAAAAGAUAGAGGAGGAGGAAGAGGAGGAAAAUGGAGAUUCUGUAGUCCAGAAUAAUACCACUUCCCAGAUGUCUCAUAAGAAGGUGGCCCCGGGCAAUCUUAGAACAGGACAACAGGUGGAAACAAAGUCACAGCCACACUCUCUGGCAACAGAGACCAGAAUCCCAGGGGGACAGGAAAUGAACAGAAUGGAGCUGGACAAGUUCAGCCAUGUGGAUUCUCCACAUUCGGAAUGCAAGGGUGACGACCUGACCGAUGACCAGUUUGAAAGCCCCAAGAAAAAGUUUAAAUUCAAAUUCCCUAAGAAGCAACUCGCCGCUCUCACUCAAGCCAUUCGCACGGGAACUAAAACAGGGAAGAAGACUUUGCAAGUGGUAGUCUACGAAGAAGAGGAGGAGGACGGCACCCUGAAACAACACAAAGAAGCCAAGCGCUUUGAAAUCACUAGGUCUCAACCUGAAGACACCCCUGAAAACAUGCUGAGGAGGGAAGAGCAGUCCAGCAUCGAGAGCACGUCUCCGAUUUCAAGAACUGAUGAAAUUAGAAAAAACACCUACAGAACGUUGGAUAGCCUGGAGCAGACCAUCAAACAGCUUGAAAAUACAAUCAGUGAAAUGAGUCCCAAAGCCCUAGUUGAUACCUCAGGUUCUUCCAACAGAGAUUCUGUUGCAAGUUCAUCCCACAUAGCCCAGGAGGCCUCUCCCCGACCCUUGCUAGUUCCGGAUGAAGGCCCCACUGCCCUAGAGCCCCCUACGUCGAUACCUUCAACUUCACGUAAGGGCUCCAGCGGGGCCCCACAGACGAGCAGGAUGCCUGUCCCUAUGAGUGCCAAGAACAGACCCGGAACCCUGGACAAACCUGGCAAGCAAUCCAAACUGCAGGAUCCCCGCCAAUAUCGUCAGGCUAAUGGAAGUGCUAAGAAAUCUGGUGGGGACUUUAAGCCUACUUCCCCCUCCUUACCUGCUUCUAAGAUUCCAGCCCUUUCUCCCAGCUCUGGGAAAAGCAGUUCUCUGCCCUCUUCUAGUGGUGACAGCUCUAACCUCCCUAAUCCACCUGCUACUAAACCAUCGAUUGCUUCUAACCCUCUCAGCCCCCAAACAGGACCACCUGCUCACUCUGCCUCCCUCAUCCCUUCUGUCUCUAAUGGCUCUUUGAAGUUUCAGAGCCUUACUCAUACAGGUAAAGGUCACCAUCUUUCAUUCUCACCGCAGAGUCAAAAUGGCCGAGCACCCCCUCCUUUGUCAUUCUCCUCCUCCCCUCCUUCCCCCGCCUCCUCCGUCUCACUGAAUCAAGGUGCCAAGGGCACCAGGACCAUCCAUACUCCCAGCCUCACCAGCUACAAGGCACAGAACGGAAGUUCAAGCAAAGCCACUCCAUCCACAGCAAAAGAAACCUCUUAAAGGUCAAAUCCUAUCAGGCACAAGUUGGAGUUAUGUUAAAAAAAAAAAAUUAACAGUCUACAACAACUGUUUUCACAAGAGAAUGUAACAUAUUGCUGUAUCGUUUGAGGCUUAAUGCUAAGUAUGUGCUAAAUACUGGAUUAAUAGAUUUCAGUAAAGCUCGUUUUUUGUUUUUUUGGUUUUUUUUUUGGUUUUGUUUUUACCUAGUUGCUAUAGUGUCUACCGUCUAUACUCAAUACCUAUAAAAUGCAGUAAGCAUGUGUCACAAAACGAGGUUCUGGUGGGAGAGAAAGGUGCGUGUGAGACGGGAGAAUUGUCUUAAGCAUAUAAAACAUGUAUGAUUCCAGAAUUUUAGUAUGUUUUGUAUAAAACUAUUUUUCAUUACGGAGACUAGAAGUGAACAGAGAAUUACACAAGUGUGACUAUACAAAUUGUAAAAGAUACUAUAAUAUUUCCUUUUAUUUUAGUGUUAUUUAGCUUUAUUACAGAUUUCUAUUUUUGUCAAAACUUCAUGAUUCCUUUCAAGAUCUUUUUUGCCAAAACAUUUUGAUACUAUAGCAUUGUACAUUUGAAAGUAGUGUGCUAGACUAUAAAACCAAUGAACUUCUACCUGAGCCCUACAGACAGGCAUAUGUAGAAGGCAAUUUAUCAAACCUAUUGCACUGCCAUGAAAAGUAUGUAUCAUAAUUUGCUAGCCCAAGCAAGCUAGUUUUCUUUGCUUGCUUCUUUUCUUUCUUUUUUCCUUCCUUUUUUUUUUUCUUUUUUCUUUUUUAACAUGUUGAGGUUCUCUAGUUGUUUUCUUUGGAGUAUCUAACCCCUUCUUUUGUUUUCUGAGACCUGGUAACCCACGCUCUUGCAUUGUGGAUUUUAAAAUGUACACUCUGUACGGUUCUGUAAACCGAAAAACUUUUGUAAAUAUAUAAAUAUACAUAGACAUUAAAAUACUGUAUGUGACAGCACAUAGAGUAGUUUUCCCACACCAAAGUUAAUUUUUAUGCAUGCUUUAAAAGUAUAUAUCGGGAUGGGCAGAAAUGGAAGUAUCCAUACAUUUUUAAAAAGCAACAAGUUUGCACAGCUAGAGUGUUUGUAAAUAAAUGUAUUUGUAUAACACAGUCAUGUAAUAUACAGAACUAUAAGCAGAGACUUUGCAAAACUAAAUAAAGGGCUGCAUGCUUAUUAUUUUUUGUACCUUGUCACUAUAACUACUUCCUAGUCAAAGAACGAAAUGUAACUGUUACCAAGUUUAAUGUUUUUCUGCUUUGAGGCUUUGAGGGAUAUAAGCACAUCCACUCAAGAGGACACUACUUUUCUGAAAGCUCUGGGGUGACUAAUGAUGAGUUCCUAAUAAAUUAAUUGCAAGUGUGGUGCCUUGGAUGUGACCUGUUGGCUCUCUCUCUUCUCUGUGGCUUAUCAAGGUGUGGAUGACAGAAAGCAAACCUGGACACAGAGUUUCCACCCUCCGUUCCUGGAGGGGCUCUUAUUAUUUUCUCUCUUUUGCAAAAACUUCCAGCAGGAGUAAAGUGGAAAUAAAACGACUUUAUCACUUG